GCCCCUCCCGCCGUGUCAGCCGCAGCCGCAGGAGGCGGCGGAGUGCCCGCCUUUCUCCGCCGCCCUCGCCCCCUCCACCGGCUCCGGCCCCGGCCCGCCGUGCGCCGUCCACAGCAGCGGGCGAAGUGGAGCCGGUGAGGCCGGGAAGACGCUGCCGCCUUCUUCUCUUCUCCUCUCCCUCCCGGCCGGGCCCGUCAACAUGGCGAGCGCCUCGUACCACAUCUCCAACCUGCUGGAGAAAAUGACAUCCAGCGACAAGGACUUCAGGUUUAUGGCUACUAAUGACUUAAUGACAGAACUGCAGAAAGAUUCUAUCAAGCUGGAUGAUGACAGUGAAAGAAAGGUGGUGAAGAUGAUUUUGAAAUUACUGGAAGAUAAAAAUGGUGAGGUGCAAAACUUAGCUGUGAAAUGCCUUGGCCCUUUGGUGAGUAAAGUGAAGGAGUAUCAAGUGGAGACCAUUGUAGAUACCCUCUGUACAAACAUGCUUUCAGAUAAAGAACAAUUACGUGACAUUUCAAGCAUUGGCCUUAAAACUGUGAUUGGAGAACUUCCCCCAGCUUCCAGUGGUUCUGCGUUAGCAGCUAAUGUUUGCAAAAAGAUAACAGGACGUCUCACUAGUGCUAUAGCCAAACAGGAAGAUGUGUCUGUUCAACUGGAGGCACUGGAUAUUAUGGCUGAUAUGCUAAGCAGGCAAGGAGGACUGCUUGUUAACUUCCAUCCUUCAAUUCUGACCUGUCUGCUCCCCCAGCUGACGAGCCCCAGACUUGCUGUGAGGAAAAGAACCAUCAUUGCUCUUGGUCACCUGGUUAUGAGUUGUGGCAAUAUGGUUUUUGUUGACCUCAUUGAACAUCUGUUGACAGAACUGUCUAAAAAUGAUUCCAUGUCAACAACUAGGACCUAUAUACAAUGUAUUGCUGCUAUUAGUAGGCAAGCAGGUCAUAGAAUAGGUGAAUAUCUUGAGAAAAUAAUUCCUUUGGUUGUAAAGUUUUGUAAUGUAGAUGAUGAUGAGCUACGAGAGUACUGCAUUCAAGCCUUUGAAUCCUUUGUUAGGAGAUGUCCUAAAGAAGUUUAUCCUCAUGUAUCUACUAUUAUAAACAUUUGUCUUAAAUAUCUUACCUAUGAUCCUAAUUACAAUUAUGAUGAUGAAGAUGAAGAUGAAAAUGCUAUGGAUGCUGAUGGUGGUGAUGAUGAUGAUCAAGGGAGUGAUGAUGAAUAUAGCGAUGAUGAUGACAUGAGCUGGAAAGUGAGGCGUGCAGCUGCUAAGUGUCUGGAUGCUGUGGUUAGCACACGACAUGAAAUGCUUCCCGAAUUCUACAAAACUGUAUCUCCUGCUUUAAUAGCCAGAUUCAAAGAACGUGAGGAGAAUGUUAAAGCAGAUGUUUUUCAUGCUUAUCUUUCUCUUUUAAAACAAACUCGACCUGUGCAAAGUUGGCUUUGUGAUCCUGAUGCAAUGGAACAAGGAGAGACACCACUGACAAUGCUUCAGAGUCAGGUCCCCAACAUAGUUAAAGCCUUGCACAAACAGAUGAAGGAGAAAAGCGUGAAGACUCGUCAGUGUUGCUUUAACAUGCUAACUGAGCUAGUAAAUGUGUUACCUGGAGCCCUAACACAACAUGUUCCUGUACUUGUACCGGGAAUAAUUUUUUCACUGAAUGACAAAUCAAGUUCUUCUAAUCUGAAGAUAGAUGCGUUGUCCUGUUUGUAUGUGAUCCUCUGCAAUCAUUCUCCCCAGGUCUUUCAUCCUCAUGUUCAAGCAUUGGUACCUCCAGUUGUAGCUUGUGUUGGAGACCCAUUUUACAAGAUAACAUCAGAAGCGCUUUUGGUUACACAACAACUUGUGAAGGUUAUUCGUCCUUUAGACCAGCCUUCUUCCUUUGAUGCUACUCCUUACAUCAAAGAUUUGUUUACUUGUACAAUCAAGAGGUUAAAGGCUGCUGACAUUGACCAGGAAGUGAAAGAAAGGGCGAUAUCUUGUAUGGGUCAAAUAAUUUGUAGCCUUGGUGAUAGCCUAGGCACAGACCUGCCUAGUACACUUCAGAUCUUCCUAGAGAGACUGAAGAAUGAGAUCACUCGGUUAACUACAGUAAAGGCCAUGACAUUGAUUGCUGGUUCUCCUUUGAAGAUAGAUUUGAGACCAAUCCUUGGGGAGGGAGUUCCUAUUCUUGCUUCUUUUUUGAGAAAGAACCAGCGAGCUUUGAAACUGGGUACUCUUUCUGCUCUAGAUAUUUUAAUUAAGAAUUACAGUGACAGCUUGACAGCUGCAAUGAUUGAUGCUGUCCUGGAUGAGCUUCCACCUCUGAUUAGUGAAAGUGAUAUGCAUGUGUCACAGAUGGCCAUCAGUUUUCUGACAACACUGGCUAAAGUAUAUCCUUCCUCCCUGUCAAAGAUUAGUGGGUCCAUUCUCAAUGAACUUAUUGGGCUGGUGAGAUCACCUUUGCUUCAGGGUGGAGCACUUAGUGCCAUGCUAGAAUUUUUCCAAGCUUUGGUUGUGACUGGUACAAAUAAUUUAGGCUAUAUGGAUUUACUGCGCAUGUUAACGGGUCCAGUGUACUCACAGAGUACAGCACUUACUCAUAAGCAGUCUUACUAUUCCAUUGCCAAAUGUGUUGCUGCCCUUACUCGAGCCUGCCCUAAGGAAGGACCAGCGGUUGUAGGUCAGUUCAUUCAGGAUGUCAAGAACUCAAGGUCCACGGAUUCCAUUCGUCUUUUGGCUUUGCUUUCUCUUGGGGAAGUUGGGCAUCAUAUUGACUUAAGUGGACAAAUUGAGCUGAAGUCUGUAAUAUUAGAAGCAUUCUCUUCUCCUAGUGAAGAAGUCAAAUCAGCUGCAUCUUAUGCAUUAGGCAGUAUUAGUGUUGGCAAUCUUCCUGAGUAUCUGCCAUUUGUCUUACAAGAAAUAACCAGUCAACCUAAGAGGCAAUACCUUCUUCUUCAUUCCUUGAAAGAAAUAAUUAGCUCUGCAUCAGUGAUUGGUCUCAAACCAUAUGUUGAGAACAUCUGGGCCUUACUCCUGAAACAUUGCGAAUGUGCAGAAGAGGGUACAAGGAAUGUUGUUGCUGAAUGCUUGGGCAAGCUUACAUUAAUAGACCCAGAGACUCUGCUUCCACGACUCAAGGGAUACUUGGUGUCAGGGUCUUCAUAUGCUCGAAGUUCAGUGGUUACUGCUGUUAAGUUCACUAUUUCUGAUCAUCCACAACCCAUAGACCCACUUCUGAAGAACUGCAUAGGUGAUUUCCUGAAAACAUUGGAGGACCCAGAUCUCAAUGUCAGGAGAGUAGCAUUGGUGACAUUUAACUCAGCUGCACACAAUAAACCUUCAUUAAUAAGGGACCUCUUAGACACUGUGCUUCCUCAUCUUUACAAUGAAACAAAAGUCAGAAAGGAAUUAAUUAGAGAGGUGGAAAUGGGACCAUUUAAGCAUACAGUUGAUGAUGGGCUGGACAUAAGGAAAGCAGCUUUUGAGUGCAUGUAUACUCUUUUGGAUAGCUGUUUGGAUAGACUAGAUAUUUUCGAAUUCUUAAACCAUGUAGAAGAUGGCCUGAAGGAUCACUAUGAUAUUAAGAUGCUAACCUUUUUAAUGUUGGUGAGACUGUCUACCCUUUGUCCAAGCGCAGUGCUGCAGAGGUUGGAUAGGCUUGUUGAACCUUUGCGUGCUACGUGUACAACUAAGGUAAAGGCAAACUCAGUGAAACAGGAGUUUGAGAAGCAAGAUGAACUGAAAAGAUCUGCUAUGAGGGCAGUAGCAGCGCUUCUAACCAUUCCAGAAGCAGAGAAGAGUCCAUUAAUGAGUGAAUUUCAGUCACAAAUAAGCUCUAACCCUGAGCUUGCAGCCAUCUUUGAAAGCAUCCAAAAAGAUUCAUCAUCCACUAACUUGGAAUCAAUGGACACUAGUUAGAUGUUUGUCCAAAAUGGGGACCAUUACAUUGAACCAUAUGAUGCACUGAAUUGACAGGUUAUGAGUAAGAAACAGAAAACUUAUCUAAUCUAUACAUUGUUCCACUUUAUUACCUUUAUGGAGACAGUUGGCUUUUCCCAUUGUUGCUUUUCUAGCAUUUAUUCCAGAAAUAUAUUUCCAUAAUCCAGAGUUUGUUAACCACUCUUGUUUUAGUGGAUUUGGCCACAUUUGGGAGUUAAACAGUUGACGCGUGGUAUAUGGAAAUAGGUUCCAACAUCCAUUUGCCCUGUAAUGUUUAGGAUUAAAAUGUCAAAAUUUUGUGACCAUGA